GCUAGAUGAGAUGGUCUCCAUCGGGAGCGCGCACAUGGAAAACUUCAGGAACUUCUCAAGUCUGGAAUCUCAUCCGUCUCGUGUGGAGCGAGUGUUCUCAGACACUCAAGAGUAUUUCCAGGAUAUUUCAGUUCACUGCUCAGUCGUGUGUAAGAACUAUGGACAGCACGGGGAUUUUGUCUCUCACCCUUCUCCUCCUCUUGUCACAGAGUCCUGCCUGCCUCUCUUUGACAGUGAGCACCAGUAAGGCCAAAAUGGAGGUCCAUGAGAACACAGACGCUGUGCUGUCCUGUCAGUUCGAGACAGAUAAGGAGACUAACCCUCGUAUUGAGUGGAAGAAGAAAGGGAAGGACAUCCACUUAGUUUAUUUCGAUGGAAAAUUCACCGGAUCCUUUGCAGGUCGGGCCAAGAUCGAGGGGGCAACGGUGACGCUGCAUGCCGUUACCCAAAAGGACUCUGGGUUGUACCGCUGUGAGGUCAGCGCACCAGCAGACCACACCAACCUAGGAGAGGUCAACAUCACCCUCAACGUACUGGUGCCCCCCCACACCCCGUUCUGUGAGGUGCCCAGCUCAGUGCUGUCUGGGGCAGGUGUAGAGCUCCACUGUAAGGACAAACCCAGUGUGCCCCCUCCUACCUACCUCUGGUACAAAGACAACAAGGCCCUGAGGGCCACACACACCCCUGACAUCUCCUAUAGCAUGGACACUGACACGGGAACGCUGAAGAUUAAGAGUGUGUCCAAGGCCGACUCGGGCCAGUACCGCUGUGAAGUUUCCAAUAGUGUGGGGGCGUCCAAAAGCUCUGUGGCCCAUCACAUGAAGGUCAUAGAAUAUCCGUUGAGCAUGACGACACUGAUAGUCGGAGCUGUAGGCCUCUUCCUGCUCAUCCUCAUGUGCUGCCUGGAUGUGUGUCUCCCAUUGACAGGGCUGCUGCAAAAAGGGAAAAGAGGACCCGUUAGCAGACAAGGAACUGUGGCAGACAACUUGUGACCAUUGUGAAACUGAUAACAGGAAGGAGGUCUCCCCACCCAGAGAGGGGCGAAACCAUUGGGCUUGCAGUAGAUUUUGUAACAUAUGGCAGGAUAUGAUAAGCAAUGUAUGUGUAGGAGCAGACUUGUAAACAAUAUUGACAGUAUUAGGAGAAGAGGAGGGACAUUUAUGACCAAAUGGGAGGUAUAUAACCAAAUGUGCAUUGUAUGAUUUCAGAACGUUCUCUGAAUAAACUUUUGACCUAUUGCAGACUGGGACUUUGCCUAAUUCUUCAUUAACCAGGGAUUUACAACCCCUGGGAAUUAUUCGAAGCUUAAGUGAUAGUUGAGCUCACAACAUUGGGAUAAAAAUUCUCGUGACAGCUACCUGAAAAGUUUGACCCAAGUUAAACAAUUUAAAGGCAAUGCUACCAAAUACUAAUUGAGUGUAUGUAAACUUCUGACCCACUGUGAAUGUGAUGAAAGAAAUAAAAGCUGAAAUAAAUAAUUCUCCUAUUAUUCUGACGUUUCACAUUCUUAAAAUAAAGUGGUGAUCCUAACUGACCUAAGACAGGGAUUUUUUACUAGGAUUAAAUAUCAGGAAUUGUGAAUAACUGAGUUUAAAUGUAUUUGGCUAAGGUGUAUGUAAACUUUUGACUUCAACUGUAUAUGUCACCUUAAUUGGGCUCCCGGGUGGGGCAGCAAUCUAAGGCACUGCAUCUCGGUGCUAGAGGCGUCACUACAGACACCUGGUUCAAUCUCAGGCUCUAUCGCAACCGGCUGUGAUUUGGAGUCCCAUAGGGCGGCGCACAAUUGGCCCUACGUUGUCUGGGUUUGGCCGGUGUAAAUUAGAAUUUGUUUUUAACUGACUGGCCUAGUUAAAUAGAGGUAAAAAGGACAGGCUUGUGGUAAUGGCUGGAGCGGAAAUAGUGAAAUGUUAUCAAAUACGUGUACCAUAUCAGUUUCCAUGUGUUUGAUGCCGUUCCAGCUAUUAUGAGUUGUCCUCCCCUCAGCAGCCUCCGCUGAGACUCUCAAUGUCGUAACUCUUCUUAACAGAAAAAGAAAGUAAUUCAUUGUGGUUUUUGUCUCUUUGUUUUUU